AUGGCCACCAUCACCACCAUGGCCUUCAUGGCCACCUUUCCGGCUCCCAGAACCGUUGCGCAGCCCCCGGCCACGCUGCCAUCUCGCCCGAACGUCGUGUCGUUCGCCGCCCGGGCGAUGCGCGCGCACGGCCGACGGCUGGUGGCCGUGGCUGGCUCGCCGUCCACGCCCCCGGAGCUGGCGCAGAAGGUGACGGAGAGCAUCAAGCAGGCGGAGGAGACGUGCGCGGGGGACCCGGAGGGCGGCGAGUGCGUGGCGGCGUGGGACGAGGUGGAGGAGCUCAGCGCGGCGGCCAGCCACGCGCGCGACCGCAAGAAGGAGCACAGCGACCCGCUGGAGGAGUUCUGCGAGGACAACCCCGAGACCGACGAGUGCCGCACCUACGACAGCUAG